ACAUCCCUUUAUGCUUCGAACCCUUCGAUCGUCACCCCAAUCUCCACUUAUACGAUGUUGGCUGGAGAGCUGACUAUUUCAGCCUGAGAUUGGAUCAUGAAGGUUGACGCCAGAGAAGCGGUCAGAAAAAGUAAAAAAAGCAGCCCUCUGAUUGAUGAUGAGCUUGCGAGUUUUGAACGCCAAAUGGUCAGUCCGCCAGCCUUCAUAUCCUUCGAAAAAGCGGGGACCACCAGCCAGUUACGGAUCAUGUUUGCGAAUCAACGGAACUGCAUCGGCCAAAGUCUUGGUCAAGCUUCCUACACAUCAAGGAUACCCCCACCUGUGCCAGAUUGCUAUUGCGGUUGUUUGUUUUUUAUCCACCCUCGUCAGCCAAUCUAAUGAAGAUUCGACAGUUUUUUCUCAUCGCUACUGUUUCUGAUCCCAGGAUCCGAGCAACUGAGAUGCAUUUCAGGAUAUCAGGUGGUCAGAUGUCUCGUGAUGAGAAAGAACGGAUAGUAUGCUUCGAAGAACGGUGAGCAAAGCUAAGCUCAGCCUUACGAGAAAGUAUCAGGCAACCUCAGCUCCAAUACGACCGUGGAUAUCAACGCUGAGUGAGAUUCUUCCACUGAUUUUGAUUGUCUCUACAGCUGACGACGGCAUACACGAGAUAUUGUGCAUGAGAG